UUGCUCUGACUCUGAUAAGUGAUAUAGAUCUGAGCAAGAGAGUCGUCACGACUGAUCAAGAUCGAUAUCAGGAUGACACGAUAAGUUUAAACAUAGUAAAACAACGCCCUGUCCGGAUCCAACAUGCCCAACGCAAAGGGCAGUGUUGUUCACAGAAUGAAAAGGAAGCAUAUGCUGGGUCCGUGCGGUAUUUGUGCCGGGGAAUUAUGUGAUAAUGUUGGCAAAGUUCGUCCUACCAACGCACGUGUGACAAGACAGGCCGCCAGAGAGAAAGAGCUGUCUGCCUGUGUUUGUCUUGGAAUGCUGGGAGAAGACAACCUUCUGCACAUCUUCAACUGCCUGUGUCUGAGGGACCUCAUGAAUGUUAGCAGGACAUGCAAGAAGUUUAAAAAGUUAGCACAUACAAAACAUCUGUGGACGGAUGUUUCUCUGAGGGAUACAAGUAUCCAUGACUGGCCAGGAGCUGUUAAAAUGUUCAUCAAGUUCAGCACCAUAAGACUGGAUCUUAUCUGGAUCUGGCCUGUAAACAUACAUGUUACCAUUUUCCCUUAUCCUCCGAUCAUACUGGCCCUGUCACACAUCGACUCCCUCAGGCAGCUGCACUUUGUGGACCAACCCUUGCCUGUAUGUAUACUGGAGGAAGUGCCACGAUUUCUACCACACCUGGAGACACUGGUUGCCAAGAGGAUUGUCUGUUCUGAAUAUGCAUCCAGAACUAGCCCCACCCCGCUGGACUUUGGGAAGUUCUGCAGCAUGAGGAAUCUGCGGCAGCUGCAGUUGAAGGGAGUCUGUGGGAUCAGGUUACCAGCGUUCUCCUUCAGUAGACGUCUGAAUGAACUGUCCAAACUCACCAACCUGCGUGUCCUGUCCCUAACCACACUGCAAGAUGUUCCCGCCAACAUGUUUGACUUCCUGUCAUCCUUGGUUCAUCUCCACACGUUAAGGCUGGGGAACUGCACACACUGGGACCUGGAGGUGUACCAGAACUUAGGUCAGCUGACAGGUCUGGAGUAUCUGUACCUGGAGAACAGUGGUGCCAGUCCCGACAUCUGCGUGGCACUCAGGAACCUCACACAGCUGAAGGUCCUGGAACUGGUCAUCUUCAUGUUGCCUGCAGACCUGUCAAUCAUCCUUCCCAGCCUGCCUCUCCUACACACUGUGGUUCUUGUUCCUCACAUGGAGGAUGAAAUGGGUGAGGUGAACUGUAACUGCCUGAGUAUCAUCCAGUCUCUCCGGUCUUGUAGUCAGUUAAAGAAGCUGAGGUGGGGCAUCAUAACGCACCAUGAUCAUCUCUCUAACACUGAUGACAACACAGAGUCCAUUCCUGUCCCACGUGACUGUGUGCCAUGGAAUACAACCCAUGAGCAGUUGUGGCAAACAGGAUUGGGUGGAGGUAAAGACGCAGAUUCCUCAGGUAAUGAAGGCAAUGCCAGUAAACUUACAGAUCAACAGAUUGGGUACAGAUCAUCCACUCAUAUGAUGAAACUUAGGAGUUCUGCUACUAAGGACACUGGCAGUGCAUUUGCAGGCAAGAAGGUAGAACAUACAGAUGAGGACAAACCUAAGCAUGUUGCCCCUGUGAACAGACCCUCCCACAGAGGAAGUGAUGAUGAUGUGUCAUGUUCCACCUCUUCUGAUUCAGGAGAAGGAACGUUACUUGUAAGUGUGAACCAGCUGAACAGGGCACUGAAGCCCCUGUUCCCCACAACUGACGUCUCAGUGUCUAGGUUAUAUGUAGCUGAACUACCUCUAUGUUGCUGAAUCAACAAAAACCACCACUCAGCACACAUGCUACAGCAUUGUAACUUUAUUCUGACAGCAAUGUAAAGAGUGCAAUUCACUGUGAAAACUUUAAUACGAGUUUAAAAGAUGUAAAAACUAUUACCAAAGGAGGCGUGGUGUUAAUCUUGGUUGCAUAGACGGAUUUCAAAUACUUUUGCUACAAGAUGUAUAAUUCAUCAUUAGAAUCUGAGAGUGUGUGGCAUUGAUAAAACAUGAAGGCGGUUGCUUGUGUCCUAAGCACUUCUCAUGCUGACCUAGCCUCAUAAACAAAUACCGAUGGAGUACUUCCUAUCUAUUUUGCUUACGUCUCAAAAGAGUUAUUUGCAAAAGUUACACUUGUCUUGUGUUAACAUUUUUGCUUUGUGUACAGCAAUGCAGUUUGGAUACUGUAAAUGCAGAAAUGUUCAGGGUUGAUUAAUGUUCGC